CGGAUAUCAUAUUUAGCAAAUUGAUGCAUGAUAAUGUCUUGGGAGGGCAUGCAGCAAGGAACCCUCCAUCCAGGUCUUCUAAGGGGACUUCGACCUCCAGUAAAUCCAAAGGAAAGCGGCAUGCUCCAUUAGCUCCAGGGACCACGCUUGGGACCUCUUCCAAGAAAACCAAGAUGAGCCUUUGGACACUCCUCCGACCAGCUCUGCAAGACAUUCCGCACACCUCCUCCCCCUUCUCCCUUCGGGAUGAGGGGGGUGUCCCCUUCAAAUCUUUUCGCACUUCCUCAAACAGCUUGUACACUCGCCCAUCCUUGGAGCAAGAGAAGGAGAAGGACUCCCCCAUGGUGGUUGAGCUUAUGAGGGGGAUGCUUACUUCGGGGGAUAAACGCCUUCUUGCAUCCAUUACUCAAGAGGAGCCUGAAAGGAUGAUAUCUACAUACUUGGUCAAGGCAACCUCUCUAUGUGAGGAGUUCUUAUGCCCCCAGGGGGCCCCUCCUGUCUCUCAGGGGAUGCCCAGAGGUGGAAAUUGGAGGACAAGGUGGAGCAUUGGGUACUGAAAUGUUGAAUUGAAGGAGGCAAAGAAGGAGGUUGUGGGUCACUACCAGCAAGCAGAAAAGGAUUUAAAGAAGCUGUAAAAGGAGGCUACUACUCAAGCGGAGGCAGUUAGGAAGGCAGCUGAGCAGGCCAAACUUGAUUUUCCUAAUACUAAA